UCCGCAGUGCUUUUCGAGCCAGCUUCAUAUCCUCCCCGCAUCGCAAAUCACACAUCGCUUCGCCAUGGCGUGGCAACCCGAGGAAGAGCCUUUACGGCAGCUGGCGCAGUGUCUGAAGGACUCUCUGAGUGCCUACGACAAGAACGCGCAGAAGAAUGCAGAGAUUGUUAGUCACCCUGAAGUGCCCACCACGAGGCCUCAUCGCGCUGACCCCACGGGCUCUACAGAUGCUCAAAUCAGCCAGGAGCUCCCCUGAUAUUGACAAAUAUCUCGCCUACGUCUUCUCGAGCAGCCAGCCUCCGCCCGCUGUCAGCAUGGAUGCAGCCCACUACACCCACGCCCGCGCCGCUGCGGCCAUUAUGCUCAAGAACGAUGUCAAAACCUCAUACAAGUCCAUGCCCGAGUCCACGCAAGCCUACAUAAGAUCCAUCAUCUUAGUAGGUCUCCAGGACCCAAGCGCACAGAUGCGAGGAUACGCGGGGAACGUCAUAACCGAAAUUGUGCGGCAGGGUGGUAUCAUGGGCUGGCCGCAGAUCCUCUCAGACCUCAUCAACAUGAUAAGCAAUGCAGACGGCAACGUUUCUGCUCAGGCGCAAGAAGGAGGCAUGAGUGCGUUGUUGAAGAUAUGCGAAGACAGCAGAAAAGCCCUCGACAGGCAGUACCAGGGUCAACGGCCGCUGAGCUUCCUCUUCCCGAAGCUACUAGAGAUUACCAACAGCCCUGUGCCCAAAGUACGGGUCGAUGCGCUAGCCAGUAUCAACGUGUUUAUCCCAGAUAAAUCUCAGACUGUGCUUUCGAAUCUCGAUGCACUGAUGCAACAACUCUUCCAGCUCGCCAGCGACUCAAGUGAGGAAGUUCGUCAGUUUGUUUGCAGGACUUUUGUUCACAUUGCGGAUAUUGCACCGGAGAAAAUCAUACCUCACAUGUCGGGUCUAGUCGAUUACAUGGUCACGCAGCAACGCAGUGUCAAGAACCCAGAGCUGGCGUUGGACGCGGCUGAGUUCUGGUUGUGUGUCAGUGAGCACGAGAAGAUGCGUGAACACCUAGGCCCCUACUUGUCCAAGGUCGUUCCUGUGCUUCUCGAGAGCAUGGUCCACAGUGAAGAUGAAAUUUUGCGUCUCGAGGGCGAGGAAGAGGACUACGAGGUCGAGGAUCGAGAACAAGACAUCAAGCCCACUUUCGCAGUCAGCAAAACAGGGAGAUCAAUGGCCGCCGGCAAUGGGGACGGUGCUGCGGUGGUCAACGGGAGCACAGGACCUACAGAGGACGACCUCAGUGACGGCGAGAUCGAUGACUUUGAUGACGAAGACGACUAUGACGACAACCCCGAAGAUGCAUGGAACCUCCGAAAAUGCUCGGCUGCAGCUCUGGACGUGCUGGCCUCUGUAUUCCACGAGUCCGUUUUCGAGGCUACCCUUCCGUACCUGACCACAAACCUCAGCCACGCCGAAUGGCCACACCGAGAGUCGGCUGUCCUCGCUCUUGGCGCAAUAGCGGAUGGCUGCAUGGCCUUUGUCGAGCCACAUCUGCCCAUGCUCACUCCCUACCUGAUAUCGCUUCUGACAGACUCCAAGCCUGUUGUCCGGAAGAUCACAUGUUGGUCCCUCGGGCGUUACUCGGGAUGGGCAGCACACCUCGAUCCAGCCGGGAAGCAGCAGUUUUUCGAGCCGAUGAUGGACGGAAUACUAAAGAAGAUGCUGGACCCCAACAAAGGUGUUCAGGAAGCUGCUGCAUCUGCAUUUGCGAAUCUCGAGGAGAAAGCAAACGUCGAGCUCAAAGACUACUGCCGUGUCAUUGUCAAUCAGUUUGUACAAUGCUUUGCGGUGUACAAGGACCGAAACAUGUUCAUCCUGUACGAUUGCGUCCAGACCCUAGCCGAACACGUUGGGCCUGCACUCGCACAGGAAGACCUUGUCAAUAUGCUUAUGCCAGCACUAAUACAACGUUGGAACAAGGUAUCAGAUCAAUCAAGAGAGAUGUUUCCCCUACUCGAAUGUCUGUCGUACGUCGCAACGGCGUUGGGCAGUAUGUUUGCACAGUAUGCGCCGGGCAUCUUUGCUCGAUGCAUAAAAGUCAUCCAACGCAACCUGGAAGACGGUGUCAUGGCAUCUGAGAACCCCGGAAUGGAGAUUCCUGACAAGGACUUUCUCGUCACCAGUCUUGACCUGCUCAGCGCAAUCGUUCAAGCUCUACAACGUCAAGACAGUGCUCAGCUGGUGGCAGCAUCACCAAACUUCUUCCAGCUGUUGGCCUUUUGCAUGAAACACCCCGAGAACGAUGUACGACAGUCCGCUUAUGCACUUCUGGGAGACUGCGCCAUCUAUGUGUUCGAACAGCUACAGCCAUGUCUCCCAACAAUCCUCGAGAUCCUCAUCGAACAACUCGACGUCUCUCAAAUACAUCUCCGCGCCGACGAAACAGGGUACUCAGUUAUUAACAAUGCCUGCUGGUCUGUUGGAGAGAUCGCCAUGAGGCAGAAGGACGGCAUGCAGCCGUAUGUAGACCGACUCCUGCGAACCGUGGGAACCAUUCUGUUCGACGAAAACGUGCCCGAAUCGCUGAACGAAAACGCGGCCAUUUCGCUGGGAAGACUGGGUCUAGGAUGCGCACAACAACUUGCCGUGCAUCUCGCCCAGAUUGCUCCUCCUUUCAUUCGCGUAAUCAAAAAGGUCAUGUGGACCGACGAAAAAAGCGACGCCCUCACUGGCUUCAUGCGCAUGAUACUCGCCAACCCCGGAGCCAUGGAGCAAUCGCUGCUCGAGUUCUUUAGUGAAAUGGCACAUGCAGACCGAGCCCUAGUGACGCGUCCCGUGGGACAAAACGCAUUCCGAGAAACAUUCCAAGAAGUCAUCCAGCUGUACAAAGGCAUGAUUGGGAACUUCGACUCCUUUUUGGGAGCGCUACCCCCGGACCAAGGGACCAGAUUCCGCGAGCUGUACGCCGUCUGAAUCCACUCCACCCCUUUCUUUUCUGUUCACAUGUGGGGUGCGGGCGUUGGAUUAUUGGGGAAAAGGAUAGAGGAAGAGAUGGAUACCAAAAGGGGGGCUUACGAGUCUUUGAACCAUGGGGCGAGGAAAGGAAAGGAAAGGAAAGGAGGGGUGGCUGCGAGGGAUGUGGGGGGGAGGCGGGGAGGGGCAAUGAUAUGAGCAUUUACGACAAUGGAAUGAGAGUGUUUUUUUGGCAUCUUUGUAGACAUGUUUUUCAGCGAAACUUCCUUAAUCGC